AUGGAGGUCCAGGUGGUUGAUGAAGCACCAGAAAAGCAAUGCCACUGCCAACAUGAGACAGAUGAUGAAGCACCACCAAGGGUUGCUGAGAAGUGUCAUCGCCAUUCUCAGGAAACAGGCAGCAAGACACCCAAGUCAACACUGAAGCCAGAACAACUGAAACGAGGACAAGGACAGCCUCAUAAAGAAGCUAAGGAGCAACCCACCAACAAAAUCCUUGCCAACACAACAGUCUUUGUCCAAGUUGCAGUGGCCCCAAAGCUUAAACCAGGCAAGAUCCACAGAGGCAACAAACUUAUCAAACAGAAGCCAUUGGUCAAGGGCCCGUUCACAUUGACACGCUUGAUGAAGUGGGCUGACUUCUUGGCCGAUGUUGGAGAUGUUGUGCAGAUUGACAAAGAAAAUCUGGACAUCAAUGGAAUGAGCUGGAGUUUCCAGAAGCAAUGUGGUGAAAAUCUCCCUCUUACAAACAAGUAUGCCUUCAAGGCGAUGUGCAACAUGAUCAAGGAUGCCAAUCCAAAGGGGAAUUCCUCCAUUGUAAUGGUGUAUCAUCCCAUCCCCUGCACUCAACUCAGAAGCUGUUCAGGUGGGAAUGUUAUUCAAGACAACAUGCAGCUGACCCUUGACAAACAACUCAAGCCCAUCAUCCAGGAGUUAGAGGAGAAGUACCCUGUUGGAAAUUGUCUCAACCAUCCUGAUAUUCAAUGCUUCACCUCCACAAGCAUAGCCAAUCAGUCCUGGCACUUUCAUCUAGAUCAGAGAAGAAUCAUGGUGUGGGCAAAUGUGAUUUUGCACAAAGAAGUCAACUAUGAUCGUGUUCCUCUUGGUUAUUCUUUGUUUCAGCCAAAGGAUCAGCUAAACGCACAGUCAACUACAAUGCCAGCAGGUCUGAAGCAGGCUCUGCAGUUGCCUCCUAACCCAGCAACACCCAGAGGAUACUAUCCAGGCUUUUCUUGGCCUGGCAUGCCACCAAGCCCUUUCAGACACCCAGGCUACUUGCUGCCAUCUGCCUAUCAUCCAACUAUACCAUAUGGUUAUCUGGGGGCUCCUGCACCCUUGAAUUCAUGGGGUUACCUGUAUCCCCCUCCUGCUGUGGCAUCAACUGAACCACCAGCUGGGCCACCUAUAGCUCAGUUGCUCUUGCUCAAUCUUGAUGGCUGGUGCAAAAAGCACAGCCUCAGCUCUGAGGAGCACCAGGGCCUUUCGAAGUUGGGAUUCCAGGUUGAGAACAAGGCUGAUCUUCUCCAACUCGAUGAUGCUUUGUGGAAGUGGGCAGGUUUGGGACCUUUGCAUCAGAAGCAGAUCCAUGAUGCCUGUGCUAAUGAUGACACCAACUAG